AAUAGAAAAUCUAUAGACAGACAAAUCAUUGAAGGGACGAGAGGGAGGGAGAGACACACAAUGUGAGAAAUCCAUUCCAAUUGUGUUUAUGGUGUAAUAACCGAAUAAAGACACUGUGUACUCCAGCUGUAUGUAAGGGAAAAGGGAACAAUUUUUUUCAACAUUUUCUCAGUUUUGACUGAACUUUUGCAAAAUAGACCAACUCCAGUGACAAUUGUUCAGUCUCACUGAUAAAGCAACAAAAACUUCAAGAUUUAGUGGAGGACAACCUUUUUCUACCAGCUUUGACCUCUGGUAUCUUUUGUAAACUUUGGAAUAUAACACAUUUUUUUAACUUAUUGAACAACUAGAUGUUUGGUUUGGAAUAACCGCCUCCCUUACCAUGUGUGCAGACAACUCUACCCUGUUGGAGGCGGUUCUCUACGGCCAUCCACCAUGCGAUGGCUGGACCAACAACACUGAGGGGGCCUUCUACCACCUGGGCAACACCGUCUUGUUUCUUGGGUACAUGGGAGGCAGUGGCGCCUAUGGCUGCCUGUUCAUAUUUGGUUUCCUGACGAUUGCCUUCACCUGCCUGGCCCUGUGGGGCUGGAUGACCAUGUGUGGGGUGGAUGUGUUCACCUGGAACUUGCUACUGCUGGUGGCCUGUGUGCUCCAGAUCUGCCACCUCGUAUACAGGCUGCAACAGGAUGGCCUGGCCAGCGAGGAGCUGUUGGCCCUCUACUCAGCCGUCUACCAGCCCCUGGACGUUCCCGUACAGGUGUUCAAAGAUAUUGUGGGGGCCUGUGAGAACAAAGUGCUAGCACUAGGGGUAGAGGAGACGUAUGCGGUGGAGGGCAAGACGCCCAUCGACCAGCUCUCCUUUCUGCUGUCUGGGAGGAUCCGUGUGUCUCUGGAUGGACAAUUCCUCCAUUACAUCUUCCCCCACAAGUUCCUGGACUCUCCUGAGUGGGAGUCUCUCCGACCCAACGAAGAGGGGAACUUUCAGGUGACCCUGACAGCGGAGACGGACUGCCGCUACAUCUCAUGGCGUCGGUGCCGCCUUUACAUGCUUCUGUCCAAGGAGCGCUACAUUGCCCGCCUCUUCUCCAUUAUGCUGGGCAGCGACAUCGCCGACAAGCUCUACUCACUCAACGACAAGCUCUUCGCAAAGAGCGGUGUGCGCCUCGACAUCCGCUUGCCCAGCCUCUACCACGUCCUGGCCCCCUCCUCCCUGGGCAGCGAGGGUGAGGUCUAUAGCGGCAGUGGUAGUGGGAGUGCCAGGGACCAGGUAGCCCCAGUGGAGCAGCAGGAAGCAGCAGUGGUAGAUGUGGACCCGGUUCCAGCCUACCAGAGGUCAGAGCCUCCAACACCCCCCACCCCCCGGCUGCAGAUCCGAGAGAAGACCCCCACCCCAUCUCGGCCAACCCCCUGCCAACCAUCCCAGCGCCAGCCCUCAGACAUGGAGAUGCCAUCUGGUGAGGACUCUACCAGCCUGGUCCUGGAAGACUUUGCGGAUAUGACCGGGUCCUUAAUGGAUUAUGGGAGUGAGAGGGAUUAUUUGAGGUAGAUGGCAGGUUGCUGGAGCUAACACACUGGGCCACUACUUAAGAUACAUUUGAUUCCACAGGAGAGGAAACCACUGGGAGUCUACCAUUGCGAUACCAGAGAGGGAGAGCUUCCUUGGCCCCUACCGGACACCUCUAUGCUGUGAUGGUUUCAACCGGAUUGGAAACAGUGGACACGUUCCAGGAUUUUUUUUUACAGUCAGGCUAUGCAGAUUAUCAGAUGUCACAACACCUGGCAAAGUGUUUAACAUCUCAGGAACCACAUUAAUAUAAUUUAGCAUUCUUCUGAGGUGAGCAGUGCGACUGCAAAAAAGAUGCCCUGGAACACAACCAUCACUGCCCUGGGUGGAAUCAGACCUCCCCAACACCAAAUCCCACUCUCUCACCUUACCUCACUUCCUCUGGUGUCAUCUGUGCGUGACAAUAUAGGAAGGAGUGAACCCCUGGACACUGGACAGAAUUAUGUUAUAAAUCUGAAUUUAUUAGUUAAGGUCACAGACCUCUUUUUAUUAUUUCACUCACAUGUCUCCCAUUCAUCUGGAUGGAAAGCCUUUUGAUGUGGAUAUUGUGUUAGAUAGGAUUAUGAUUCAACAUUAAAGCAAUCAUGUGUAUUUUAUUUUUUAACAACCGUGGUUGGGUUGGCUAGGCUAGGGGCACGUUAAUCGUGUUUGUUUGUGCAGACAUAAUCUGAGAGAAUAAAGUUUGACAGACAGCAUGCUAGAAAGGGAUUUAUCUUCAUACUCACAUUUUCCAAAACACGAUUCCAAAUUUAACAGGCAUUUGUUUAUGUGAAUGUGAGAUGUCUCACACAUUGUACAUUUAUUUAGUCAUUAACAUAGAACAAGAGUGUUAUGUUUUUGUAAAUAAAAAUGGGACUACAUAUACAGAUAUUUUCAUGGGGCCAAUGUUUCUUGAUAAAGCUCUUGGUGAAAA